CCCACAUUCACCCAUUCCUUUCGGGGCGCACAGAGCCCACGUGCUGCUCCCCAGGAAGGCACUGACACCCUUCAGGGCACGGGAAGCAGACCCAAAGGAUGUGGCCUUGGGACACGGUGUGGUGGCCGUGGGUUGGCGGUCACAGUUGGUCGUCGUGGAGGUCCAUUCCAACCCUAGCAGUUCAGUGAUUCUGGAGGUGUCGUCGGGCACUGCGGCCAAUCGGUGGACAACCACAUCCAGCGAAACCGCCCAGGUUUUGGAGAAAAGGCCCAGGAAGACUCUGCCACAGCGAGGAGGUUGGAAGCAGCGUCUCAGGGCCUCCACCUGCCCCUGAGUAUCCCCCAGGCGCUGUCUGUGGUUUGACAGCAUCAUCUCUCUUUUAAAAACGCCAUCAAAAAGGAACACCACCCCCCCUUUCCUCUCUGGGGGCCGUUGGCUGGUGCCCGACACGCGCAGUUGGAGGCGCUGAGCCGGAGAGGAGCGGCAGAACCAUCUCAGAGCACUGAUGAGAUAAAGGAGGAACGUUUUUCUUUCGAUUAUGGUCUCAUGGUACCAAGUGACGCGUCCCUCCCGUGAGAUUUGCUCCCCCGAAGCCCCUGAGAAGAUGUCAGGGAUGCAGGCCGUUUGGCCAUCCGGUACAGAAUGUAUCGCCAAGUACAACUUCCACGGUACCGCCGAGCAGGACCUGCCGUUCAGCAAGGGAGACGUCCUCACCAUCGUUGCUGUCACCAAGGACCCCAACUGGUACAAGGCGAAGAACAAGGUGGGCCGGGAGGGCAUCAUCCCCGCUAACUACGUGCAGAAACGGGAAGGAGUGAAGGCUGGCAUCAAGCUCAGCCUCAUGCCGUGGUUCCAUGGGAAGAUCACACGGGAGCAGGCAGAGCGGCUGCUGUACCCACCUGAAACGGGGCUGUUCCUGGUGCGGGAGAGCACCAACUACCCUGGGGACUACACCCUGUGUGUGAGCUGUGAGGGCAAGGUGGAGCACUACCGCAUCAUUUACUCCUCCAGCAAGCUGAGCAUCGACGAGGAGGUCUACUUUGAGAACCUGAUGCAGCUUGUGGAGCAUUACACCACGGAUGCUGACGGGCUCUGCACGCGCCUCAUCAAGCCCAAGGUGAUGGAGGGGACGGUGGCAGCUCAGGACGAGUUCUCCCGCAGUGGCUGGGCCCUCAACAUGAAGGACCUCAAGCUGCUGCAGAUCAUUGGCAAAGGGGAAUUUGGAGACGUGAUGCUGGGUGAUUACCGGGGGAACAAAGUCGCCGUCAAGUGCAUUAAAAACGACGCCACAGCGCAGGCUUUCCUGGCAGAAGCGUCUGUGAUGACGCAGCUCCGACACAGCAACCUGGUGCAGCUGCUGGGGGUGAUCGUGGAGGAGAAGAGCGGCCUCUACAUUGUCACUGAGUAUAUGGCCAAGGGCAGCCUAGUAGAUUACCUGCGGUCGCGUGGGAGGUCGGUCCUAGGUGCAGACUGCCUGCUCAAGUUUUCCUUAGAUGUCUGUGAAGCCAUGGAGUACCUGGAAGCCAACAACUUCGUCCAUCGGGACCUGGCGGCGAGGAACGUGUUGGUCUCAGAGGACAACAUUGCCAAGGUCAGCGAUUUUGGGCUGACAAAGGAAGCGUCGUCCACUCAGGACACGGGGAAGCUGCCUGUGAAGUGGACAGCACCCGAAGCACUUAGAGAAAAGAAAUUCUCCACCAAAUCGGACGUGUGGAGCUUCGGGAUCCUCCUGUGGGAAAUCUAUUCCUUCGGGCGAGUGCCUUAUCCGAGAAUCCCCCUGAAGGACGUGGUGCCCCGGGUGGAGAAGGGCUACAAGAUGGACGCACCCGACGGCUGCCCAGCCAUCGUCUACGAGGUGAUGAAGAAGUGCUGGACGCUGGACCCAGGGCACCGGCCGUCCUUCCACCAGCUCCGUGAACAGCUAGUGCAUAUCAAAGAGAAGGAGCUCUACCUGUGAGAGGGCUCUGGGGGGCACCUCCAACCCCAGGGCAGGAGCAGGGGGGCUCUCUCAGCCCACACAGCACAGAGGGCCACCCAUGGGAGCGACCGGACGGAGCCCAACCACCGGGCAGCCCCUCCUGGUCACUUCCAACCUUCCAAAUCGGUCUUCGUUGGGUUUUGUUUUGUUUGUUUUGUUUUGUCCCAGGCUUUUUUUUUUAUUAUUAUUAUUUUUCCCCCCUCCCCCCCUUGAUUUUGGGGUGUUUUUCGUUCGGGUUCCUUUUUUUUUUGGUUUUUUUUUUUUGAGGGGGGGAGGGGAGCCGUUGCUUUAUUAUUAUUUUGUUGUUGUUGUCAUUAUGUUGUGGUUUUUUGUUUUUUUUUUUUAUUAUUAUUAUUAUUUCAAGCAGGGGCCCAGCCGAGCGCUGGCCGUUUUACUAAAGUACGAAUCUUAUUUUUUAAUGUAAUUAAAAGACAGAAAAUUAAAAAAAAAAAAAAAAAGAAAAAGAAGAAGAAGAAAGAA